UAUGAGGGAUGCUGUUAAAAAGUCAUGUCAAGGACAGAAAACAGUACUGAAUGUAACCAAGGUCAUUGUUAUUGGUGAUGUAGGAGCUGGAAAGACCUGUUUAAUAAACAGAUUCUGCAAAGACACAUGUGACAGGACAUAAAAGGUGACUAUUGGAGUGGAUUUUGAGAUGGAGAGAUUUCAGGGGCCCUUCAGUUUGCAGUUGUGGGACACAGCAGGUCAGGAAAGAUUCAGAUGUGUUGCAUCCACAUACUACAGGGGAGCUCAAGCCAUCAUUGUUGUGUUUGACCUGAGCAAUUAUAACUCUUUGGAUCAUGCAAGAGAGUGGCUUGAGGAUGCCAUGAGAGACAAUGACCCUUCUAGCGUUCUCCUCUUCCUCGUGGGAACCAAGAAGGAUCUUAGUCACCCGAUCAGUUGGCCCAAAUGGAGCACGAGGCCGUUCUACUCUGAAGAGAUCAGAGCAGAGUAUUGGGCCGUGUCUGCGCUGUCAGGGAGAGAAACAUGUCUAAAAGACUUUAAACAGCAGCUGUUUUGAUUGCAAUCAAACUAUUUUGUGUGUCUGAGCUGAUGUCAGAAAUAAAAUCUGGAUGUUUUCAUAAAUACUUUAGUCACAUAAGAAAAUUCAGUAAGCACAGUAUUAUUGUGAGUUAUCAUGAUUCAUUAUAUUAAUUCUUUUAUUCAGCAAGCAUGAAUUAAAUUGA